GCCGCGGGAUUUAUGUAUUUCGUCAAUCACAACAUGAAUCAUGUCGACGAUGAGUUGAUAUUUUUACAUAAUUAGUCCAAGAUGGUGACCCCAUUUGUGGAAGGCUGGGACUUUGUGCAGACACUGGGGGAGGGGGCAUACGGAGAGGUGAAGCUUGCGGUCAAUCGUAGCACACAGGAGGCUGUAGCUGUCAAGAUACUCAGUCUGGACAAAGCCAAAGGGGCCAUAGAGAAUGUCCGCAAAGAGGUCUGCGUUCACAGGAUGAUGAACGACGAUCACAUUGUUCGCUUCUACGGCCAACGCAAAGAAGGCAACAUUCAGUAUCUCUUCCUGGAGUACAUGAGCGGGGGAGAGCUCUUUGAUAGAAUUGAGCCUGAUAUUGGUAUGCCAGGCAAGCAGGCCCAUCGGUACUUUGUUCAACUAAUGGCCGGCGUUGAGUAUUUACACAAGAAGGGUGUGACCCAUCGAGAUCUGAAGCCAGAAAACUUACUUCUAGAUGAUAACGAUAACCUAAAGAUCUCAGAUUUUGGUCUAGCCACCGUCUUCCGGCACCAGGGCAAAGAGCGUCUGAUGGCCAAGUGUUGCGGGACGCCUCCCUACGUCGCUCCAGAGGUCAUGAAGAAGGAGGAGUUUCCUGCCGAGCCGGCCGACGUCUGGUCCUGUGGGAUCAUUCUUGUGGCCAUGCUGGGCGGAGUUGGUGGUUUCUUCCUAGCUUGGCCUCACAGACCCCCAUCCAGUUCACCAACAAGUUCCGGUUCAUUCAAGCGUGUCUGCUCAGGCAAUGACCUUUCACCCACGUCAUCUAUCAGAAGAGAGAACUCUGCCACGUUCUCCAGCUCCCAGCCCAUACCACACGCCGUCCAUGACACGCCUGCACCAGAAACCACCAAAGAAUCCGUGGAGAAGUUAAUCCUCGGCGUCAGCUUCUCACAGCCGGUCCACAUUGACUCCUUGCUGCUGAGUAGUCAGAUACAGUCAACGCCCGGUAGCUCACAGACACCUAUGCAGAGACUAGUUAAGCGCAUGACCAGGGUUUUCACCAAACUUAGCCCCGACGAAACCAUCAAGAAACUCACCGCCGUACUAGAGAAGAUGGGCUACAGCUGGAAAACGACAACAGCAAGACAGGUCACAAUCACAUCUCUGGAUCGACGAAAGAACCCGCUGAUCUUCAAAACUCACCUGCACGAGAUGGACGACAAAGUACUUGUAGACUUCAGACUAUCAAAGGGUGAUGGUAUCGAGUUCAAGCGACACUUCCUCAAGAUAAAAGGAAAGCUGGCGCACAUCACCACCAAAGUACCCCUGCUCUCCCCUUUUGUCUGAAUGGUCUGACCCAGCUGGGUCAGAGGUCACAACACUCAGCAUUUCCCAAUUGAGGGCAGCAGUAUUAAUACCAACUCUUCCAUUAAUUAUGCAGGUAGUUUUGUAUCUCUAUUUUUGUCAGGGUUUUAUGCGAUCAUGAAUUCCUACAAUCAGCUUGUUCCACAAUCCACAGUGCCUGAAAAAAAAUCUCGCAAUCUUUAGAACUUCAGGAAUUGUGGCGUUUUACUCACGAUCAGGUGGUGAUUCAUUGUUAACGACGUCAACUUGUCGUCAAAUUUGGCAGGCAUGUUGUUUGAGAAACUUGAGUUAUUUCAAUUCAAACUUGGCACAGUUACACUGCAUGCGAAUCGCAUGGGUGCCACUGCCAAUUUACACGUGUCCAGAGAUAACCAAUUUUUUUUUUGGACAAUGCCUUCGGUUGCUUGACUGCCAAUUUGUGUGUUUGCUAAGUUUAGCAUGAUGAUAAAUCUCCAGAUACCUUUCAAUCUGCAUUUUUUCCCCGUCGUUUUCCUGAUUCAAGAUGAAUAAACCAACCAUUCUAUCAAAUUGAAUUUUCCAUGAUAGUCAACACACAAGCUUUGACAAGUUAGGAGGAGAGAAUUGACCAGAAAAUGUUGAUCAACUUACUUUCGUUUCAAUAAAUGAAUCAGAAGCAACAUUUAUAAUUAUGAUCCUGUAUUUUAAGGUUUACACUUAACACAAGAGAGUGUUUUCCCCCAUAUUUUAUCAAGGUAUAAUGUAUUAUAUAAACUGAUGCUUUGAAUGCACUGCAUACCUUACAAAAGCGUCAUAGAAAACAGCAGUUACAAGUGUUGAGCCGGAUAUAUACUAUUAUUGAAGGCAAGUUGUCAAAAGUCCAUCACAAGCCAAUCAAUGUCAAUGUUGCCUAUUUUUUUUAAUAUGAAAUGUACGUUUUUGAGGUUUUGGUUCCACUUCUUUUGACUCACUAGUAGAUCUGACUUGUGAGGACCUGCUGACGUCAACUCUACUGCUAUUUCAUGUUCCUUCGGUUGUGUAACCUGUUCUCUAAAUAUCUAGCAGCCAAAUAAUGAGUUCCUUGCUAAUGUUCAGCUUAUCUGGAACCGGAAACAGUUAAUUAUAUUCUCGUCUUCUUCACUGUGCCCAACAAAAAUGAUUUGAUUUUCAUGUGUACAAUUUCUUUAAUCUUUUGUACCGAUCAUCACGUUUGCUAACGUUUUGCAUUUCAAGAUAUAUUUUUGUAAUCUUAAAAGAAGCUGUUCGAAAAAAAAACACAUUGUUACAAAGUUAAUUAAAGAUCCACUGGAAAAAAAAUA